AUGGCGACCCCUGAAUACAACGGGUGGUGGAGUAGGAGAGUCAAAGAUAAUAUCCCCAGACUGAGAGAAGAAGAUGUUCGGCCAAUAGAAGAGCAUUUGCAAGUGGUCCCCUCUGAGAUGGAAAUCAUCAAACAAGAUUUUGAAAAAAGGAGUUUGGAGUUAGAGAGGAAAAUAGAGCAAUUAGAAGAAGAAAAAAUGCAACUAGGACUAGAUGUUGAUGUUCAAAAAUUAGAUGCUGACAAACUGAGAAAAGGAAAGAACAAGACAGAAGAAGAUUUUGACAGCCUGAAGACAGAUUACAAGAAGUUGCGUAGGUCAAUGAGAACUGCCGGCUUGGGUAAAACGUCAGAGCAAUGGCGACAGGAAAUCCAGGAGGAAAGGACUAAAGUUGAUCAAUGGGAAAAGAAAUUUCAUGAUACUCAGGCCCGAGAGAUUACUUUGAAAGAGAGUCUACUAGUUUGCCAAAAUGAGAAAGCGGCAUUGAAAGUCCGAGUAGCUGAGCUAGAAAAGUCGCUUCACCAACACCGUAGUCGUAAUUCUGCGAUCGAAUUAAAGGCAAGUUUAGGCAAAAUUGAAGAAUUGAAGGAACGGGUAGGAGAGCUCGAAGACGCGAUACAAAACAGUGAACUCCGAAUAGAACUUCUUGAAAGGGGUAAUGAACAGUGGCAAGAGCAAUUCCAUCGAUCGCAAAACCAGAUUAGAGAAAGAGACUAUAUUAUGGGUGAGGCGGUGGCAUAA